AUGGAUAUGAGCAACUUUAGGGGAUCGCAUGUUGCACAGCAAAGCCGGCGCGAUAAGUUGAGGAUUCAACAAUGGUCAACUUCAGGUCAGCACCUAGAGGACUUCGCUCAAAACAUGGAACAGUCAUCAGUUAACCCAGAUCUCAUUCAAGUUCGUAAUGUGAGAAGUGCGAAUUUGCUGUUGACCCCACUCUUGUUUCCUCUGGAUGAUAAAUUUCGCUACAAAUUCCAUGUUUUGUCAGGCCAAAGAGAUGCAAUUCAGCAAGAGUUAGGUGUAGCUCAACCAACAAUAGGCCUAUAUGGCGGCUGGGGUAAUUUAUUCCAUAGUUUGCCUCUCACAAUCUCAUCCCAAUUUAAUGCUUCAUCGAGAGCGAUUGGUGAUGGUGGUGAUUUUCAGGGUUGUAGUAGUAGCAAUUGGAAAAGUCUUGUGUCACAGACAAACUCUGAUUGGAUGAUGAAUUAUGCAAGUGGAUCGGCAGGUAGGGAAAUCAAUCAAAAUGAAAUGCUUGUUGGGGAAGUCUUGUCAAAUAAUGUGAAAGUGAGUGAUGUUCCUGCAUCCAGAAAAUAUUUUAAGCCUAAUAGUUUCAAUGAGUAUCAAAAUCUUCACUCUACAGUAACCAAUCCAGCAAGUGAAAUUUCUUGUCAAGAUAGGGAAAAACAACAAUGUGGGGACAUGCAUUAUGCUACUCCACUAUUCCAAAAUAGUAUUCAGGAUGUUGUUACUUUGGCUUCAAUUGGAACUCAUGAGGGAUUAGCAGUGGCUUCUCUUGUUCAGCAUGAUGCUAGAGAAACUGGCCAUGCCACUUGGACUGGUUCGGAUUCCAGUAAUGAACUUGUGCUUCUUCCGAAUUUCGGAAAUCAAUCAAAUGCUUUUCGUUAUACUAAUGCCAAUACAUGGACCAAUAGACCAGUACAGGGUUGUCACCCGUGGAAUUCCGAAUGUGGCUUCAUUGCAAGGAGAAGUGACAUAGAGUUGAACAAUGUUGCAAGUGAAGCAACUACACAGGGUCUAUCUCUAUCACUUUCAUCAAAUCCGCCAUCGAAAAUGCAUAUAGACCAUUUUGGAGAGGGAUUUGAGUCUCAAGGUUUACACUCGAAGACGGAUCUUUUCAAGGAACCUGAGGAGAUUAAAGUUGCCAAGUUUGAUUAUCUUAACUCAAUACCAAAGCCAUCUAGUUCUAGCAAAGGUGUCGGAAAAUCUCUUCCGGAAUUAGUGGGGACAUCUAAUUCCAAUGUUCAGCGAGGUACUGGUCCUCUUGGACCUUUCACUGGAUAUGCAACUAUUUUGAAAGGUUCAAGAUUCUUAAAGCCAGCUCAAGAGCUCUUGGAUGAAUUUUGUAAUUUAACUGGCUCAAAACUUGCCAACACAUGUGAUGUGUCUGAGAAAAUCUCUGGUGAUCAGGUCAGUGCUUCAAUUUCAGUGGACGUUGAUGCUGUUGAUGUUACUGAUAAAGAGGUUGGAGCUAAGGGUAAUAGCUCUGUUAUACCAUCCUCUACAUUUUACAGUUCGAAUCAAAUGAGUUGUGAUGAUGGAGUUGGCAGCAGUUCAUGUGAAUCUUACAGGCCUGAAUACCAACAAAAGAAGGCAAGACUCGUAUCUCUGCAGGAAGAGGUAUGCAAAAGGUACAAGUUAUAUCACCAGCAGAUGGAAAUGGUGGUUUCAUCUUUUGAAUCAGUUGCCGGACUUAGUGCUGCUACCCCUUAUGUUUCCUUGGCUCUCAAAUCAAUUUCGAAGAACUUUCGGUGCCUAAAGAUGGUGAUCUCUAAUCAGCUUAAGCAUGUAACAAAAGCCUUAGGCGAGGACUUGCUGUCUUCGGUUACCUUUACUAGUACUAGUAAAGGUGAUACAAACACAUCAAGGCUAAAGUACAUGGACCAAAGUUCUCAAAAACAUAAACUGGGUGGGAGCAACAUGGGCUUCCUUGAACCCCAACAACACGUCUGGCGGCCCCAGAGAGGCCUCCCAGAACGUUCAGUGGCGAUUCUUAGAGCUUGGUUGUUUGAACAUUUUCUCCAUCCGUACCCUACGGACACAGAUAAGCACAUGUUAGCCACUCAGACUGGCCUAUCUCGCAACCAGGUUUCAAACUGGUUUAUAAAUGCCAGAGUACGCGUUUGGAAGCCAAUGGUUGAAGAAAUACACAUGCUUGAAACAAAAGGCUUGGCUGGAACCAGCUUAAACCCCAAGAGAAGUGAUGGGCAAUCUGCUAGCGAUGGUACUGGCAGGUCUAAUAAUGGUGAUGAAGAAAUGAACAAGGUAGGGAUAAGUGCAAUGUGUGAUGAACAAUUGGAUUUCUCGGGCAUUGGUACCUUGGUAGGCAAUGAAGAUGGGCUUAGCGCAGAGCAGUGGAACCAGGAGAAGCGAUCAAGAAUCGAUUGUCAAGUUACUACGGGCAUGGACAGGUCAUUACUGAGUUUUAUACCAUACCACAGAAGUGGGAUGGAGGUUGGGGGACUUGGCGCGGUGUCACUAACACUAGGUCUCAGGCACGGCGUGGAAAGUUCACAUCAACAGGAAGAUGAGCUUAGGCGGCAACUAGGGGGUCAUAUUAUUCAUGAUUUUGUGGGUUGAUCGAUUGAAUGUUUAUAUUUGUCUUCAAUGAAAGCGGAGCAAAUAAGAGGGAGAAGAAUUGUUUCCUCCAUUUUAUGCCAUGACGUCUCAUGUAUUGGCAAGAAAAUAUUGAUGGGAUAUAAUUAAGUAGUAGAAUCCUUUAAUUAAUAUCCAUGGUAGCAAGUCACCUGACAUCAUAUUGAAAUCUAUUAUGCUAAAUGAUGAAUGAAGGAUUUGCUACCAUUUACUAGUA